AUGCUCCUCGUUGGUGCUACGUUUUUGAAAGCAGUAACACCACUUGUUUUUGGAUUUGGCUUCAUUUAUGCCUACAGAAUCUUAUUCCUGAACGACAGCUCCGCUAUCCCAAUUGAAGAAGCAAAUCUCCAUGGAAAAGUCGUCGUUAUCACUGGAAGCUCUUCUGGCUUUGGAAAAUUCUCGGCAAAAGGUGCAGCCGAGCGAGGAGCAACAGUUGUUCUUGCUUCAAGAUCGCAGAAAAACUUGGAAGUCGCGAAGAAAUUUAUUUUGAAAGAAGUUCCCGAAGCGAGCGUUGAUUUGGUGCAUUUGAACUUGGCAGAUUUGGACUCUGUCGAAAAAUGCGCGACGAAGCUUUUGAAGAAAUAUGGAAAAGUAGAUGUUUUGGUUAACAACGCUGCAAUCUUCAAGCCGAACAGCUCGAGAGACCCUCACGAAACUCCCGAUGGUUUCGAUACUACCUUUCAUGUUGGCUUUCUUGGCCAUUUCUUGCUUGGAGAAUUGUUGAAGGAUAGUAUCAAGGAGAAUAAUGGAAGAGUUGUUUCUGUUGUUUGCCCGAUGAUGAAAGAAGCGCAGAUUAGUUUAACUGAGGAAAAAUCCUCGACUUUCAAGCAAAGGUCACAAAACGAUUUGAAAACGCAUGCUUCUCGCAUCAUCGAUCCGACAAACUACAGCCAAGACGAUGCUCAAGAGAAAUUCAAACACAUCGAGUCGUAUAUGCAGACAAAGCUCUGUCUGUACAUGGCGACUAAAAGAUGGUCAAGAGAGCUAAAUUCUAUCAGCGUUGAUCCUGGAACUUCGAAUGAGACUUUAUUGAAUCGCUAUACGAAGCAAGAUGUUAAUUUUAAAGGAACUGUUUUGAGGGCGUAUAAUAUGAUCAGAUGGGCAGUCGUCUUGCCUAGCGUUGAAAAUGCAUCGCAGACGAUUAUUUCAGCGAUCGCGGAUCCAAAAUAUAAUGAAGAAUCUUUCAACGGAAAAGUUCUAUGUCAGCAUUCAACGAAAGAAUACGAUGAAUACAUUGAAAAGUCUGCUAAGCCAAAGAGUCGUGAUCGAUACUUUUCUCAAAUAACAGCAGAUGCGCCUCUUGACUAUCUUCAUAAAAUUUCAUCGGAUUGGACAAAUUUAGAAGAACGCAGAACCCUCGGAGCAUGGGAAGCUGUAGAUAACUUGGACUUGUACCUCUUCAAUUUAUGUGGAACGUCGUCCCAUUGUAAAGAUGGCCUCGUCUGUAUCAAACCGGCUGGCGAGGAGCAUACGAAAGUGUUGAUUCCGAAAGACGACUCUGAAUUUGAAUUAGAGACGGAUUCAAUUUCUACUUCAUUCGUCCUCAAGAACCCAGAUGAUUUCGACGACAUUGACGAGAUAAAACUCAACGUCCAGUUUGUAUGCGGACAUCGACCUCUUGGUGCUACAUUUCCGCCGGAGCUAAUUUUGAAAUCUGAGAAAGAUAAGAAGCGAGAACUUACAUUUGAAUGGCGGACGUCAGCGGCUUGCAAGGAUGAAAAGAAACCAGAUAAUACGAUUUCAAAAUGCUACACAGUGGAUACCGAGAAAAAUGCAAUAAUCGACCUCACCCGACUCGCGAAUACUGUCUAUUCCAUCACAUCUCCAGCAGGCAACAAGAUCUACUACAGUCUCUGUUCUGUUCUUCCAGAAGAAGGGGAGUUUCCAACGAAAUGUGCUGGAAAAGCAGCUUGUUUUGUUGAAAAAAGUGGAGAAAUCCGAACGUUAUUCAAAGAUUCUCCUGAACCGAAAUUCCAAUCGCAAGACAGCUCUGUUCAGAUGAAGUUUUAUGGAAAAGAAGAGCUCGAGAAGGUCGCAUGCUCGAAUCAAUUCACAGUCACUCUUGAGUUUCCUCAUGUCGGAAGAGAACAUCCGCCACAGUAUUUUACCUCGAGUUCUUUGGGCGAAAAUGAGUGUCAAAUCGGAGUCAUUCACAGAACUGGCGCGGCGAGACCGAUCUCGGACAUGUCCAGCAAAACUUGUCGUUUUUCCGAAGGUGAUGUUGGAAAAUCGAUUGAUAUUCGCAAAGACUUCGAAAAAUCCUCAUUUUCUCUUGAUGAUGAGUACGAUCUUUCUCUGUGCGAGGAGAAUAAGAAAACCGGCUCGGAUCCCCAAUCACUUGGAAAGUUCUACAACGCUAUUUACUCAAGCGAUAUGAUUGUUCUCAUCUAUCGAGAUGGUGCUGUUUGUGAAAACGAUUUAAAAUACGAUUCAAUCAUAAACAUCAACUGUGUCGAUAGCUCUGAAAACCAAGCGGAGCCUCAGCUUGUUGAAAAAUCCGAAGAUGGCUGCGCGCUUACUUUCGAAUGGAACAGGAACGAAGUCUGCCAAGAAAAGCUUGAAACUGUCUGUGGAAUGAUUCCAGUCGGAUACGACGUCAGCUCGAUCAUGCGCCAGCCGAGAAGUCUCAUCGAAAAGUUAUCACGAGAAAACGUCGACGACCAAAAAGACGUUUCAACUAUCGACGGUGAAAAAUGCCACUUUCCAUUUUCUUACACUACGACCAAAGGCGAAAAACACACUUCCAACAACUGCGAGACUUUUGGACACAAUGGGCGACCGUGGUGUUGUACCACAGAAGAGUGUGAUUUGAAUGGCAAAGAGAACUUCGGCUUCUGCGAGCUUCAUUCUCACCGAAUAUACAACGACUUUGACUGGGAGGUUGAAAAUUCUGGGUCGAAUAUGUUCCUGUCUCUUUGUGGGGAUUUGAUGAGGACAGGAGCUGCUGAAAAGUGUCCCGAAAACUCGCUGUUCUGUGAUUUAGAGCACACAGACAUCAGGAUUACCAACAUCGCUUCUGUAGAAGAAAUCGCUAGCGGUCACUUGCAAUACACAAUGCACGGACCUAGUGCAACUCUUUAUGUCCAGCUAUCGUGCACUCCAGGCGGCCAUUCUUCGUACCCUGAAUUCAUCAGCAAAGAUGGCAACAAAUAUCAUAUCAUUUGGCGAACCGCAGCUGCUUGUAAGCAAGUCGAACUCGAAGGGGAAGAAUGUAAAAUCGAGUCUGAUGGAAGAGUUCUUAUUGAUCUCUCUCCAAUUGCCGGUCAUCGCGUCGUCCGUCCUUCAGAAAAAAACGAUAACGAGCUUGAUCUGUCAAUUUGCGAGAAGGGCCUCCAAGUUGGCUGCGGAAAUCUCGAAGGCGGAUCGAACGUUGGGGCUUGCUUAGAGAUUGAUGGAUCUCAAGUUCCAAUCGCCGAAAAUUCAAAGAAGAUCACUUUCAAAGACGGAAUCGUCAAACUCGAAAUGCCUUCCCAGACAAAUGGGAAUAUAACCGCUGUGGAGAUUCUAUUUAUCUGUGAUGAUGCGGAAGACGCAAAUGAGAUUGACUUUGAGCCAGUUGUAGUCGACGAUUCCGUUUGGAAGAAAGAUAACAAGAAGAAAAUAUCUGUUGAAUGGCGAACUUCCGCUGCUUGUCCACCAAUGCCCAUGGCAUGUUCUUUCUUUGAUGGUCGAUUUGUGGAUCUUUCUCCGCUCCGGAAGAUGGAUGGAAGCGCUUAUGAAGCGAUGGACUUGUCGGGAUUUGAAAAGGGAGAUGAAGACUAUCAAGAAAAAACUGUCUAUGCAAACCUCUGCGGAGAAGUUCCCUUAGAUGUGGACGACAAAUGCCCUCACGGUUCGAUUGCUUGUUAUCCUGAGAAUGGACUCUCACUAGGAAAAGCCACUAGUCAAGUUUUAUCAAGGGAAGAAAAUGCUAUAGUUGCAUUAUAUACGGAUGGCUCAAAGUGCGAAAAACAUACGAGCAAAAGAUGGUCAAGCAAGUUUCUUAUCUAUUGCAAUUCAUUCUCACCUGAUCACACCCCUCGACUGAGAAAUCUCGAUGAAGAUUCGUGCGAAGCAGAAUUCGAAUGGUCUACUCCACAUGCUUGUACUGUAAAAAGCACGUCUCCCAACACAUGCAAAAUAAAAAAUGACAAAACUGGUCAAAUGUUUGACUUUGGAAUUCUUGCACAAAAGGGCGAAAUCACAAAACAUCACAAAGAAAGUGAUAAGGACGUGGUUAUUCAACUAUGUGCUCGAUCGAGGACUUGCUGCACAAGUGGUAAAGAUUGUGACGUCUCGGCGAUCGAGUAUUACAGCAAGACGGAACUUGAGACUAAUGACUCUGGUAUAUCUAUGAAGAUGAAGAGCUCAGACUUUUUAAUCACUGUCGAUUUUGUCUGCGACAGAACCCGUGGACAUAUUGAACUCUCUCCGGAUGCACUUGAAGAAAUUGGAUCUACAGAAAAGUCUUGGAAUUUCCAGUUACGAACAGCGCUUGCUUGCCCUAGGAUGGCUGCUACUUGCACAGCUCAUGACAAAGAAACAGGAAGUCAUUUUGAUCUCUCUUCCUUAUCUGGGAUACCAUUAAAGGCCGAAGAUACAAUUACUUACGAUGGAAAAGAAUUCGUUUUGAGUAUUUGUGGCUCCGGUCCUGAUACUCAAGAAGCGCCAUUGAAGGACUUUCCGAAGUGCGGUGAGCUUCCAUACGAACAAGGCUAUUUCAUUGAGAGUUUCUAUCGAAAGGAAAAUUCGAACUGUUCAUCGAUUGGAAAUGUGCAAGGACAACCGCACACCAGCUACAUGAAACACUCAGACAGCACUGUUAUCACUGUUGACUACUUUGGUGGUUCCCAGUGCAAAGAAGAUCCAGAGCAGAGCUAUUCAGCUGUUGUGCGACUUUCAUGCGCCUCAUUUCCCCAUGAACUUGAAUACGACUCGUCAACAGGUUGCGAGCAUUGGUUCUCGAUGUUCCAUCCCGCUGCCUGCGAAAUCAGUCAGGCAUCGUCAGAAUUUUCUGAUUGCAAAGUGACGGAGCCUAACUUCGGCAUCGAAAUUGAUUUGAACACUCUCAAAAAUGAUGAUGGUUACACUGUUAAUGAUACCAAUAAUGGCACCAAUAAAGAAUACAAAUUCAAUGUCUGUGGCAAAGUAUCAGACUGCGAUGGGGGCAUUUGUAUCCGAUCAGAUUCAAGUUCGAGCUGGCGAAAGUUUACUGGCUUCUCCCAGGCGAUUUACUAUUCAAACCAGGUCGCACAUUUGACAUACGUCGGCGAUGAGGUUUGUGACGAGGAUGUUAAUUAUGUCGCCAGUCUGCAGUUCGAAUGCGCUCAUCAUGACAAUCAUGAGCCAUAUAUAAUUAGCAACGAUCACUGUCACUUGGUUAUUGGAUUUCCGACUCCCGAAAUGUGUCCUGAGGUUAAUGAAGUUGAAUGCGAUUUUUACUCGGAGCUGUCGAAGCAUGGAUUUGAUUUGAACCCUCUUUCCCGACCUGAUAGUAACUAUAUUGUGACCAAGUGGGACCAAGAUGGCACUCCGUUGCGAUACGUCCUCAAUCUCUGUAGAAAUAUUGUCCACACAAAAGAUAUUCUCUGUGCUGGUGAUUCUGCUUCCUGUCUCAUAAGAAAAGACCCCGAAAGUUCUACAAAGCUGAAAUAUAUCAACCUAGGAAAGAUUUCUGAUGAUUCCUCUCCUUUUGAAAUCAAAUCUUGCGCAGAAGACGAAGAGUGUGCUGAUAGUGAGCUGAAAGUUAUCUACAAAGAUGGUGAUAAAUGCGAAGGCUCCGACAACAAACGUUCAACGACAAUUUUACUUCAAUGCGACAGAGGGUCAAUUAUAAAUACGCCCGAGUUUAUGUCCGAUGAUGGCUGCGAAACUGUCUUCCGCUGGAAAACCGAAUACGCUUGUCCAAUUGAUACUAAAGAAGAAAUCAAAAGCUGCAUCGCCAAAAACCCAAGCACAGAAUUCGAAUACGAUCUAACUCGAAUGUUCAAGCUUCAGAAUCAAGGUCUGACAUUUACCGAUGAUGGCUACGAAUAUCGCCUUAGUAUUUCAUGUAACGAAGAGUUGAAUGAGUGCCCGGAAAAAUCUGGAAUCUGUAUGAAGAAGAUUAAAGGAUCAGAUUCUGUCUACACCUCGCUCGGGACGUUUACCAAACGCGUUAUCUAUAAUCACGGGGCAUUAACAAUCACUUAUGCUGACGGCGAUAAGUGCCCCGGAAACGAAGCUGGGAAGUAUUCAACUUUGAUACAGUUUAUUUGUGAUAAAGAAGCAACUGUUCCCACGCCGUCUAUCAUUGCUAAAACACAAGGUGGAUGCCAUUAUCUAAUCCUCGUCCACACAAAAGAGGCUUGUGAGCCAACGGCUGAGUGCGGGGCUCAGCAGCUAGGAGGAAGACUUGUUGAUUUCUCCCCGCUCAUCCCUUCGCAUGGCCAUGAUUUAGUUAGCGGAAUCGACCAGGAUCCAGAGGAUUCCAUGGAAUCUAUUUAUCUCAACAUCUGUGGUGCAAUGGAGCCUAUCAAGCAAAUUGACUGUCCUCCUGGUGCCGCCGUCUGCCGAUGGGUCAGAGGCGCUGGAACUCGACCGAUGUCGAUCGGCGAUUAUGAUCCAACGGCAGAAUGGGUUUGGGAAGAGGAUGAAAAUCCAACGAUCGUUUACAAAUCAAAAACUUCGUGCGGAAAUGGCCAUUUCUACAAAACUAAAAUUGAGUUAACGUGUGAUCCAAAUCGUACGAAAGACUACCCAAGACUCGUAUCUGUUGACGACGAUACUUGCACAUUCCUAAUCGUUAUUGCAAACUCACUCACAUGCACAAACGACGACUCUCCUUUCAAUCCCGCUCCGGUUCCAGAAAAAGAUGUUCCACAAAUGAAAAACUGUCAAAUCGAAGACGACAAGAAAAAUCUCUUCUUUGAUUUCAAUCAAAGUAACGAUGGAUCUUUCAAUGACGGAGAAUUCGACUAUAAAUAUAACAUUUGCAAUGGACUGGAUCUUUCCGACAAAUGCAAGAGAGCAGCAUUUUGUCGACGGAAAGAAGACGGUUCUGGCGAAUGGGAGAGUAUUGGUCAGAAAGAUAAUGUAAAAGUAGACCAUGAGCUUGAUCUUGCCGAUGGAAUCGCGCUUGAAAUGGUGUUCUCUGAAGGCAAACCAUGUAUCGAUGAGCCCGAUAAAAAGUAUCAUACGACUAUUUGGUUCAGUUGUAAUGAGCAUGAUGAAGAAACAGAACCCGUUGUUGUUAGUUCUGGAAAGUGCAGCGUCGUCCUUUCCUGGAACACAAAAACAGUAUGCGAAAAAGUCGUAGGAAAAGACGAUGAUCCAAGUAACGAUAAGCUCAUCGAUCCAGACACAGUCAGACAAUGCCUGUUCACCAAUUCUGACGACUCGCUAUCUUACGAUUUGUCGAUUCUCAACCGCGUGUCAGAAAGUUGGCAAAUUUCAACGGGCGAUUUGCGGUUUCUUUUCAAUCCAUGCGGUCUGGUAAUGCAAACUGAUCUGGACGACGCUUGUCGCGGCUCGAUGGCUUGCGUUAAACGAGGAGGCAAAUGGUCAUCAGUUUCUGGCCUCGCAAUUCCCAGGGCGACGUGGGACGACGAGGACAAGCUCAAACUGAGUUACGACGAAGGUCAGGACUCUGCUUGUAAUCGGCGUGAUCAAUCGCCGCAUAUGAGCAUUCAAUUUGAGUGCGGUGCCACUAUCGGCCAGCCUCAACUAAUCAAUCCCUUUCCCGACGGGCAAUGCAGCUAUCAAAUAAGGUGGAAGACUACAGCCGCCUGUCGGGUAAAGGAAAGACCCGUGAUUCUCGACGGUUACACUUAUGUCAACCCCGUGACUGACCAGCGCAUCGUGUUGCCCUCUGACAAGACAUUCCGCGUUGGAGGAGAUGUCCGAGAUAAAACUUUUUAUAAAUACUUGAUAAAUCUUGGAAAUGAACUCGACUGGUCGAAACUUGGGUCACAUGCCUCUGAAUCAAUACGUCAGGCUUGCAAUGGCGCCGCCGUGUGUCGCAUUGGUGGCAGCGAUGGAAAGACAGUGGGGAAGUGGGAUCGCUCCGUGACUGCGCGCAGCGAUGGAUCUGUACUCGAGCUCAAGCUCGCUCCUCAACAAGGUUGCACUGUUGUUUUUAAUGUCAUGUGCGACCGGGAUGCGACGGUGGAUUCCCUAUCUUUUCUUGAAGAAACGAGCCAUUGCAACAUCCGAUUCGAAUGGUACACUAAUCAAACAUGCACGGGAGAGAAUGUAGCAAUGGGAUCAGAAAAAGGAUCUCACGUUGGCCUGUGGUUUUUCCUAAUUACACUCAUUUCUGGAUCGGCUUUCUUUUUAUGGAAGAAGGGCGCGCCGCUAGUGGACUCUGUCAGGGGCAGAUUCCGAACCAUCUCGUACAACCAGCUGGCAAAUGACGACGACGAUGGGGACGACCUACUCUUCGAAAUUGAAAAUGUAGAUGAUCAAGUGUUCCCUCUCGUUCCAGACUCGAUGGUGGAGAGUAGUGCAGCGCUAGAAUCAAUUCCCGAGAGCAGUGCGGAGAGCCGAGUUGCUGGAGAUCCACUGGGUGCUACUUAUCGCGACAAUCCGAACGAUUCCGACGAGGAUCUGCUUGUAUAG